UUUCCAGUCUUCAUUCUGAGAAGCCCAUGAGAGAAGCUUGGGUGGACGAGCGACUAGAGACUCUCCCUCCAAUUCCAAGUGGUCCUCACUGCGGACCAUGAGAUCGAUAGGGCCAAAUAAUUGUAUGGAUGUUGUGUACAAAUCCACAUAUUCAGCUUGUCUGAAGUCAGUAACCUUGAUUUAGUAGCCUACGUGGGGUUUUGCAGACUUGCGAAUAACGGGUCGACUAGUCAUUAAACAAGACAUACCUUUCACAAACGUUUUGUGGACUGUUAUUUUGACAACGCGGAAACAGCCGGAAACCGGAACUCAAAAUAACGACUCUGCGUAGUGGGAGUCUAUCUCAUGUGAUGGUAGUGGAACUACUUGGGAAAACAAGUCAGACCAGGACAUUGACCCAUUAGUAUGAAACGUGCUGGCAGGACGAAAUUGCUUGUAAAAUAUCAGAUAAUUUCUAGAUCUGUAGAGGGGCUCUUACAUAUCUAGAAAUCAUCUGAUUUUGCAUCACAGUCAAUAAUGAUGUAUAGAUAAAGGAGUACUUGAAAGUCAAGAAGGAAGCUACUCACCGUUCAGAACCCCUACUCGUCAUGCCAUGGGGGUACAUGGCCUCACCACCUAUAUGGAGAGGGACCGUCGCUUCCUCGUUAACGUGCGUCUGCAGGCCACGCGACUGGUGAUCGACGGCAGCAGCCUGUACUACAGCCUGUACUUCAACUGUGGAGCCGACCAGCAGUGCGGCGGGGAGUAUGAGGCUUUCGCAGAACAGGUGCAGCAGUUCUUUACUGUGCUCUCCACCUGCAAGAUUCAGCCCUUUGUGGUGUUGGAUGGCGGGAUGGACCACAGUGACAAGAAGUUCUCCACCUUACAACAGCGCGCCAAGCGCUCCAUCCAGGACGCCAACUCUCUCUCGCGCGGAUCGCAUAGCUCUCUCCUUCCCCUGCUCACCAAGGCCGUCUUCAUGCAGCUGCUCUUGGACAUGGCCGUUCCCCUCUUCCAGUGUGCCGCAGAGGCAGACUUUGAGAUCGCCUCCCUGGCCAGCCAGUGGGGCUGCCCUGUGCUGACCAAUGACAGUGACUUCUACAUCUUUCAACUACCUGGGGGUUACAUACCCUUCAGGUACUUUCAGUGGGGCAGUGUGGUGGUGGGCAAGCAGGCUCCAUCGCACGGUUACAUCCCGGCCCGCUGCUACACUGUGGACCGCCUCUGCUCCCACUUCCAGGGACUCACCCCACAGAUGUUGCCUUUGUUGGCUGUGAUCAUGGGGAAUGAUUACACUCCUCCUGACAUCAAGCAGAUAUUCUUCAGCCGUGUGAACCUGCCCGUGACGGGGGGACGAGGGAACCCCCAAACCGAGGGCCUCCUCCUGUGGCUGUCUCAGUUCAGCAGCCCUGACGAGGCUCUGGAGGAGGUGCUGGAGCUUGAAGAAGGAGGGAAGAGACAGAAGAGGAACCCCACUCAAUCGGUUUUCUCGGCCGGGAUGCAGGAGUACACUCUCCCUCCUCGAAGCAGCUUGGCACAGUUCUUCUCUGGAGGUUUAUCUACUCUUCCAGGCUCUAUAGCGGUCCCUGAAAUACUUGCUGCCCAGCCACAGUGGCUCCUGCAGGGGAUCUUUACGGGCAGGUUGCCCUCUCUGGUCCAUGAUGUGCUGGUACUCAGGAGAGUCAUGUUGUAUGCCCAGGUGGAAAACUGUAGGUUACCCAGCAGCCAUUGCACCUCGCUGCCCAUUCGGCAGGUCAUCUACGGGCUGCUUCUCCUCGGGAACCAGCAGGCUACAGCUCCUGUGUUGCCAUUGCCUGUACGUCUGCAGGUGCUGUUGAGAGUCCUGCUUCUGGAAGAGCGUGCCUUGGCCCCCCUGCCGCCCACUCUCAGGCUUCCCAUGUGUGUAACCUCUUUCUGGCUGCAGCGCUCCAAGCCUCGGCCUGACCCUACCAUCCUACAGGCUGUGCUGCUGGGCCUUACAUUUGGGGAGCUCAGCCAUCGCAAAACCAUUCCCACAGACCCCACCUGCAGCAGGCCUGGUGUUGCUGCUGUGCUGCACAGGCUCUACCAGCUGGGACACAAGAGGAAGGAGCGGCGGGGGCUGAACCUGGAGGUGGCCCAUUCCCUUAGCCAGUGGCAGUCGUGCAUGAAGGCAGCGCUGUGCCUCAACCAGCUGCUAUGGGGCCCCCUUCCGGAUCCUCCCUGUGCCUGGUUGUUCAGUGGGACUCUGCUUCAUGCCGUGCAGGCAGCGCUGAGAGAAGGGGUUGCCAUAGAAACUCUCUUGGCAGGAGACCCCAUCCCUGGGCUGCUCUACUCCUCUCUAAUGGAGGCCACGCAGAAGUCAGGAGACUCUGGCCCUUCAGGACUUCCUGGAUCAUCUUUCUCCACCGCCAGGAAGAGGGGAAGGGGGCCGAGGAAGCGAGGAGGCCGAGGGAGGGGCCAGAUGCAGAGAGGGAGGGGCCAAAGGGCUGAUGAGAGUGACCUGAACAACCGGUUUGCAACGUUGAUGAGCGACGAAGAGGAAGAUGAAGAAUAGGGUCGUUCUCUUUGUGCCUGAAUGUAGACAGCAUGUUUUUAAAAGGAUUCUCUCAGAACUAAACAAGAACUGCUAGAAUUCCCAGGAGUUGUGAGGCACAUGAACAGAACGUACUGUUGACAGUCUCUCAGGAACACUGUCUAUGCGUGAUAUAUGUCAGCAUUUAAGUCGUAUAGGUUCAAGCAGGGGAUCUAUAGGCAGCUAAAAUAACACAGUAGGUUUUAUAUAAACACAGUGGUGAAGGUUUCUAUCAGCCAUCACAGGACAUGCACUUUUAUCACUGAAAAGUAGCUACAUUCUACAUUUUAAUGCACACCAUUUGACCUUUUCAGCCAUGAACUUUUUCUUCCCAAAUGACUAUAAGUGGCCAAAAAUGGCCUUCCUGUCGGCUCUGUGUUGGUUUACACAUUGUUGAUAUUACUUGCCUGUCAUGUUUCUCUGAGAUGUGGAAACCUUUCCCAGAGCUAUUUCCCAGAGCCAGCUCAAAUCAAAGAAUCAAAUCAAAUCAUGGUGCUCUCAUCUCAUCUGCUCUCACUGCUCAGCUGUAUGGAAGCUGCAUCCAAGUGUCCACUGUGCAGCGCCAGGAUCGACAGUCUCCAUUGGACAGCAUCCCGUUCUCACGAGGACAGGGGUGUGCAGGUCUUGAGUUGCCUGUCUGGUCCACUAGGCCUUACUGAUGUCUGGACUGGAGGGCUGAUCACAAGGGGGAAUUCUAAGACAUACGUGGUACACUAAUCUCCUUCCUGAUCCAAAUGUGGCUGGCAAUUCAUGUUUGUCUUUGCUUUUGCCUCUGAGAAGAUUCUGUUGUAAUAUGUUUUUAAAACAUGAUGUCAUGGUGCCAUUUGAAAGUGCCUUUAUCCACAUGUCAGUAAAUGCAUUUAUAAUGAAACAGCAACACAUCAUUAUCUUAAAUCAAAUCAAAAUUGAUCAUUCAUACUUUGCAUUUUAUCCUCUUGCCUCAACAGGCAAAAGCUUUAAUAAUGUAAUUACUUUGUUGCUGUCAUUUUGUGUCAGAUAUUGUUACAUUGAAUAAUUCCAGAAGAAAUUAGCACCAUAAUACCCACUCAUAUGUUUAACAAUAAUCUCAAACUUCACAUUGUACAUGGAGGUAUGAAAAUAAAUACUCAAUAUCAUCUUUCA